AUGCUGGGGUGGAUCACUGGGCAGGAAGACCAGGUCGCAGACAACUCAAGGGCCGGAGAGCCACCCGAGACGCCCGCUCCCGUGUUUGCGAUCCGCGCUUUCAAGAGCGCCUUGUUUGGUACCCCAGGUGCCGAUGACGACGAGUCCACCCACCGUACUACUACUGCUGCUACUACUUCUGCUGCUGUGAAGACGACGAAUCCAUCGACCAAUCAGCUGCUGAAUGAUCACAUCAAGUUGAAACCAUCCAGUGGAAACACAGGGGAUGCUUUCAAGGCUUCCAAAGCCGACUUGGAUCUGGCUGUGAACGCGAUGGCAUCGCCUACAAAAAGUAUCCUCGUAACACCCGGAACCGCAUCCAACCGUCGCAAAACCGUGUCGUUCGGCGACGGCGUCGUCGAUAACGAGCGCAAGCGGGAAGACCCGUUCACGAAACCUAACAAAACCCCCACCUCCUCAUCCAACAACUUCUCCAGCCAGUGGUCGGCCAACUCUUCGGACGGAAAGUUCAAACCUCGCAGUAAACUGACGCAAGCCUUGAUGGAUUCGCGAGAAAAGUCAAAGGGCACGGGGCUCUUUUCGUCACAGGACCUCGAGCCCAACCCCUCAUCCGAGGGGUCCAGGCCAUCGCCAACGGAAGAUGACAACGACGAUACCAUCAACCUGAACGAGCCACGGUCGCAGUCGGGGAAAUACUGGAAAGCCGAAUUUGAUAGUUACCGGACGAAAACGACGUGGGAAAUCAAAAAGCUUAUCCAGUACCGCUCCGCCGCCAAAACAUAUGCCAAGAAGAAGGAUGAAGAAGCGUCGCGACUCGCCGAUAAGUUGAGGGAGGAGGAGAUCAAGGUCUCUGAGAUGGAGCGCCAUGUUACCCAUCUAGCCUCCACCAUGGUUGGAGAGAGCGCCAAUGCCGAUAAGGAGAAACUGGUGCAGGACCUCACCAAGCAGACCGCGUUGGCUCUGCAAUACAAGCACCGCGUCAACUCACUACGCAAACUGCUGGAACGGCACGGCGUUGUAGGGAACGAAGUCGAUGAUAUCGCUGAGCAAUCUGAAUCCGAAAGUUCUUCAGAGAAGGCUACGGAAGAGCUCCGCAAGACCCAGCAGGCUCUGGACGAAGCGAAGACCAAGAUCGACGACAUGAAGCUUCAGCAGUCCGACUUUACCAAACUGCAAGACCUCGCGCGCAGCUCUGAACAGAAAGCCUGCGAGCUACAGAAGGAGAACGCGUCUCUCAAACAGACCCUAGCCCGGGUGAAGCAGGAGAUGAGCAAAUACGAAGGACGCCGGAAGGAGAAGGAAGCUAAGCUGAAGCAACGCGAGGCCAAACUGGAAACGCGCAUCCAGGAGUACCGCGAACGGUUGAAGACCGCAUCUCAGCAACAUCGCGAUCACGAGGAGGACCUGAAAGAGUCCUUCAACGAGGAACGCCGUCGCAUGCAGGAGCAGAUCGACCAGCUCAAGAUUAAACUCACCGCGAUCGAGAGCCUCCCACACACCCAGGUUCGAGCGCGCCAUACCGAGAGCCCUCGCAAGAACUACACCGGUGUGCAUGUCUUCGAUUUCGGGCAGAACAGUCCCCAAAAAGACGCCGAAGACGACAACACCGCGGACAUCGAUGAGCCACCCAGUCCCAGCCCGCGUGCCAAAGAACGCCGCUCCUACCCAUCCCGAUACACCACCACCGCCGGCGACCUGGACCUCAAACGAGCCAUGAAAGCCAUGGGCAUCACCGACGAAGACCAACUCGCCUACCUCGGCGAAUCUCUCAAACCUCCCAAAGCCCGCUACCAAAACGAGCAUCACGAUGACGAAGAACCGGCCACCAUCCCGCCCUCCUCUCCACCCGACUACCCCCAUCAUCACCACCACCCUCCACCCUCCACCCGCCCGCGUCCCAAACAGAAAUCCACCAACACCAACACCUACCGCAGUCUCUACGCCCCAACCAACACAACCAUGACCUCCCUCGCCCACCAUCUCGCCAACAACCUCGACGACAGCCACCACGGCCGUCCCCGCGCGCGCCGCUCCCCCUCCAAAUAUAGCCUCGACGCAGUCACGGCCCUCCCGGACUCACACGUCCUCGACCGCGCCAAGCGCCGUCAAAGCCUCGCGGCCGUCGUACCCCGAGACUCCAUCCCGAUGGACCGCAAACUGCAGGCCCAAGCACGUCUCAAGCAACGAAAAGAAGAAACCCGAAAGGGAAAAGAGAAUAUGCGCACUUAUACGAACCAAGCCUUAUCGGUUCUUGAACCUAUUUCUUAA